UGGCGGAGGCGCUGCGGCCAUGGCCUGGGCUGGGCCCUCGUUGCCCACCGACAAGUCUCGGUUCAUUUGUAUAUACCCAGCCUACAUAAAUAACAAGAAGACAAUAGCAGAAGGAAGAAGAAUACCUGUUGACAAAGCUGUUGAAAAUCCCACAUCUACAGAAAUCCAAGAUGUAUGUGCAGCAGUUGGACUUAAUGUUCUUUUGGAGAAAAACAAAAUGUAUCCCAGAGAAUGGAACCGUGAUGCUCAGUACAGGGGCAGAGUGCGGAUUCAGCUGAAGCAGGAAGAUGGCAGCCCAUGUUUUCCUCAGUUUCCAACACGGAAGGCAGUGAUGCUUUAUGCAGCAGAAACAAUCCCCAAACUGAAAACAAGGACACAAAAAAUGGGCAGCAGUGACCAAAGCCUACAGCAAGGAGAGGGGGGCAAAAAAGGCAAAGGGAAAAAGAAGAAAUGAGUGGCUGGCACAACAGAAACACUUGGAUGGAUGGGGGCAAAAUGACUAAGGAGGCUUCUGACCUGGAAGUGGAACAAGCAAGCAAGAACUGCUGAAGCUCCUUCAUAGACCCCGACUGAACUGGGAUGGACUUACCUUGCAUAUUGUAU